CCGAAGGGUGCGCUGUCUACGGGCGUAGAAAAGCAGGCGAAUGCUUCUGUAGGCGUCUUCGGAACGCCAAGGAUAAUUUAUUUCGCUAUUGUCAUCAAGAGCACAGUUGGAUAUUACAAAUACGAGAAUAUAAAGCAUUCAAGAAGACACGCAAUAUGUUAGCCUCUGACCAUGAGGAUCCCUGUUCCAAACUCCAAGUCCCAUCAUCCCCAGGGCCAUGCCACCCGGGCCCUGGUUUUGGACGUCUGAACUAGACCCCCCGUCCACACCGGCCCUGUACCUCUCUCUGCUCCGCCGCCCUCCAGACGUUAGCGAUGGACAGCCCCCCCAAACUGUCGGGGGAGACACUCAUCGUGCACCACCUUCCCCUGGUGCACUGCCAGGUUACGGGGCGCUGUGGGUCCAUCAAGCGUCCCGCGCCCUUCGGACCCCCAGAGGGCCUGAGCCUGACCCGGACCACGUCCCUGCCCGAGCAGGAGGGCCUUCAGCGGGAUGCGCUGGUCUACAGCAGCCAGGUCCAGACCUCCAGCAGCAGCAGUACCAGCUCCAGCGGGGCGGGGCUCGGGGGCGGGGGCAGAGCCGGGGGCGGGACUGGGCGCGACCGCGGGAGCCUGGCCAGUGAUGACUCCUCCUCCUUCACCUCCAACGCCUCUGAGGACCCGCCUCCUCCCCCACCGGCCCCGCCCCUCCUUAAACCCCGCGACAGGGGCCACAACACCUCGCGCCACAACCCCUUCCUCCUAAACGCCGAGGAUGAGGAGGAGGAAGGGGACGAGGAAGGAGGAAACCUGAACGGGUACCUGGAGGACUCCUCCUUCCAUCUCCAUGGAAACACCAAUGCCAACGUCAGCCUCGCUAAAGGGGCGGAGACCUCGCCUUUCCUCCUGCACGAUUUCGGCUAUGCCCCCGAGCCCUUUCUCCUGCACGACUCCUUGGGAGGGGCCUGGGGCUCUACCGGCAGCCGCACGGGGGCCACAGAUGGCCAGGAAAGGGCUCAAAAUGGCCCCUCAGGGGCCCACUCUCAGCUGCAAAGCCUGGGCCUGCCCGGUCUGGAGGCUCAGCGUCGUCAUGGCAGCAGCGGCUCCACCCUGUCCAUGGAGUGGGGCGACGAAGAGGACGAGGAGGAUGAAGAUCACCCGAUGAGCGUUCGGGCCUGCAGCUGCUGCUCCAGCUCGGACGCCGUCCCUCCCGCUUCCUGCUCCAGCGGCCUAUCGGAGCCCUUCGCCGAGGACGAAGGGCUCCGCCUCCACCAAUGCUACGGCAGCGACUCGUCCUGCAACAGCUCGGACGGCGUUCUCGUCAACUUCAGCGCCAUCUACAACAAGAUGAACAACGCCGUCCCCUCCAACGCCAAACCCGCCAACCUCAACGGCUCCGUGGAGCGGUGCCGCACUUCCUCCUCCGACGAGCCAGGGGGCGCCUUCUACCUGGACCUGCAGUCCUCGCCCACCGAGCCCCGCUCGGGCCUGGACGCCAACUGCAACUCGUACGCCGCUCCCCGCGAGGACCCGCAGGACCUCACUUCCUGUUUCCAGAGCCAGGUGCGCCUGGUGGUGGCCACACAGAACUACUACAAGCUGGUGACCUGCGACCUCUCCUCCCAGUCCUCCCCCAGUCCGCUGGCCUCCUCCGUCACCAGCUGCCCCGAGGAGCCCCAGGGCGCCAGCCCCACCCAGCCCACGGAGUACUACCUCUUCAGACAGGAGGAGGAUGAGCUGUCUCAGAAGGAGGAAGAGGAUGGAGGGGAAGAGGAGGAGGGGGGUGAAGACCCCACCCUAAAGGUCAUCGAGGGGCAGGUGUACGUGAACGCCUCGCCUCCCGUCGGGGCCGAGGGCGGCGACAAGGGCCGCCUCCGUUCCCGUAGUUACGACCGUCACCUGGACCGCAGCCCCUCCCCCCGACUGGGCUCCCUGGAGCGCAUGCUCAGCUGCCCCGUCCGUCUGAGCGACGGCACCGCCCGCUCCCCGGCCCCGCCCCCGCCCCCCCGCGUCACCUCGUUCGCCGAGAUCGCCCGCAGCAAGCGGCGGAACGGUGGGGGGGGCGCGGCGGCCUGGUUCGCGGGGGCCGCGGGGCCGGGGUCCCCCUGUUUGAGGGCCGGGUCGGAGGCCUCCUCCAGCCAGUCCCUGGAGAUCUCCCCCAUCCCGGAGCUGCUCCAGCUCAGCCACAGCCACAGCCUGCCCCCCCUGCCCUUCACCCGCCGCGACACGUCCCCCCACCCCCACCGCGACCCCCCCGGGGCGGGCCACCGCGAAGCCAGAACCAAAGCUGAAGGGGGCUUGUCGUCGUCCUCGGAGGUGGUUCGGUACAGCAAGGACCAGCGGCCCACCUCCCUGCCCAUCCAGCCCUUCACCCUGCACCAGCAGCUGGGUCAGCAGCAGGGCAAGUUCCUGAGGCCUCUCCUCACCGAAUACGUCAACAACAUGCAGGGCCGGGCCCCUGAGCGGCCCCCGGAGGAGCCCCAGCGCAGACAGGCCCCGGCCCCGGCCCCGGCCCCGGCCCCCGGCCCCGGCUCCGUCCGGCCGUCCCCGCUGGGCAGCUAUUCCCCGGUCCGCCAGCAGAGGGAGCCCUGCUCCUCCAGCCCCCGGCCCCCCCGCAGUCUCUCCUGCCCCCUGUCGGCCGGCCUCCUCCCCGUACGCCCCGCCCCCGGGGGGCUGGGACACUCCCCCGAGCCCCCGCUCCCCCUGCAGGCCCCGCCUCCGCCCCCGCCCCCGCUGGCGAGGGACCCGCCCACCACCGCCCCGCCCACGGACUGCCUCCAUCACCGUGACUUUGUGGCCGCCGCAGAGUUCAGCCCCCUGGGCCACGCGGACCCCGCCCAGCACUGCGACGGGGGCACAGCCGGGCAGAGCUGCUGUUCAGGACCCCGGCCGCCCAAUGGCCAGUCUGCCAAACAGCAGAACUACUACAGCGACAUCUUCCCCGACUACUUCUCUCUGUCCGAGAGACCGCCCGACGAGUUCUGCCUGUCGCCCGACGCCUCCUCUGAGUCCCUCUCCAUCGACCUGCUGCAGAAGAAGGCAUUGGUGAAAGCCAUCAAUACAGCGGUUGAUUUGAUCGUGGCUCAUUUUGGUACCAGCCGGGACCCUGGAGUGAAGGCUAAGCUGGGGAACAGCUCGGUGAGCCCCAACGUGGGUCACCUGAUCCUGAAGUACCUCUGUCCUGCCAUCCGGGACAUCCUGCAGGACGGACUGCGGGGGUACGUCCUGGACCUCAUCAUCGGACAGCGCCGCAACGUGCCCUGGAGCGUGGUGGAGGCCUCCACACAGCUGGGCCCUUCCACCCGCGUGCUCCACGGCCUGUACUCCAAAGUCAGCCAGUACUCCGAGCUCACCGGCCACAGCAUGAGGCUCAACGCCUUCAUCUUCGGCCUGCUCAAUUUGCGGUCCUUGGAGUUCUGGUUCAAUCAUCUCUACACACAUGAAGACAUCGUAGCGGCGCACUACCACCCGUGGGGUUUCCUGCCCCUGUCCCAGGGGGCCUGCCAGCCGCUCUACGAGGAGCUCCUCCUGCUGCUGCAGCCCCUCUCCCUGCUCCCCUUUCACCUGGACCUCCUGUUCGAGCCCGAGCUCCUGCAGCGCGGCCAGGAGCACCUGCGGAGGAAGGAGCAGCUCUGCUCCAACGGGGAGGGUCUGGAGCAGUCCUCCCAGUCCACCUUCCAGCGAAUGAGAGGCUGGGGCUCCCUGGGGGCGGAGCCUAAACGGGAGGCGGCGGAGCCGAGGAAGGAGGGGGCGCAGAACGGGACUGAGGGAGCGGAGCCGAGGAGGGAGGCUUUGGGGGUCAGGUCCGAGGGGCGGGGCGGAGAGGCGAAGAGGGCGGGGCUAAGGGUCAGGGAAGGGUCGAGGGAACAGAAGGUGGCAGAAGGCAGAGGGGAACCCCGGAGAGAGGUGGGCGGGGCCCCGGUGCAGAGGGCGAAGGGGGUGGGCAGUGAAUCAGGCGAGGCGGAGACAGACAGGAGCCGGGACGGCGAUAACGGAGGAAGGCCCAGGGACAGGCAGGCGGGCUGGUGGUAUCAGCUCAUGCAGAGCUCACAGGUCUACAUUGACAACUCCGCCGAGGGGUCAAAGUUCGUCAAGUGGGAGAAGAGGAAGAAGCCCGCAGGGGAGGCUGGCAGUGGGCGGGGCGGAGGGGCGGGGCGCAGGCUGAGCCCGCCCCCUCCCAGGGAGGGCGUGGUAGAGGGGGCGGAGGCCGGCCAGGAGGGGGCGGGACUAAAGGAAAGGGGCGGGAGCAGCAGUAGCAGCAGCAGCGAAUCAAGCGUCACUGCCAGAGGGUGGCGCUCUUGGAUGGGCAGCCCCCCGGAGUCUGUCUCCGGAGACCUGAAGAGGAGCCAGGAGCCCCAGAGUCUGGAGGCCCCAGGGGCCGCACCAGGGGCCCAGGAGGAGGGCCCCUCACCGGGCCUGCGCUGGAGCAGGCUGUUCGGAGCUGGCACUGGCGCCCCCCUCAGGCCAGAGAACGUGGAGCAGUCUCGACUCGCCAAGUCUCAAAAGAGCAGGCUUCCGUCCGGAUGGUUGAGCCUGGACAAGUCAGUGCUGGACAUCGUGGCUCAGACGGUGGGGGCGGGGAAAAGGCCAGACCCGCCCUCUCAGAGCCAGGCCCCGCCCCCUGUGCAGAAACCAGAAGCACCGGCUGCCAAACAACGCUCGCUACGGGAGGUGCGGGCCCUGUGUGACCUCAGUGCCUCGGAGGCAGGGCAGCUCAGCUUCAGUAAGGGCGAUGUGCUGCGGGUCCUGAGCCACGCCCAGGCCGACUGGCUCCUCUGUGCCCGGGGCCAGAGGACAGGCCUGGUGCCCGUCGUUUACGUCACCCUCGGCGAGGACCCACAGGGGCCCCAGGGGCCACACUGAGCCCCAGAAGAGGGAGCUUUGGGAAAGAAAUUACCCCCCAAAAACCCGCCAUAGACCUCAGCUUCAGCCUCAGCCUACCAGUUUCUGGAAGGCUCCGGAUUCCCCUGGAACCACACUCUUAUUGGGACAUAUUUGCACAUGGCUGUUUUCUCUCUCUGUCUCUUUCUCCCUCUCUGCUCUCCCUCACACACAUGCACACACACACACACACACACACACAUUGAGCUUAGGGGUGCCCCCCGUUUCUAAAUACCAAUAAAAGUUUGCAUCCUGGGGCUCCCUCAAACUCUGUUCUCUGCUCACUGUACAUCCAUUGGGCGGCCUGCUCUCGGACACUCCCGUUAGCCUGUGCUGUGGAUUUUACAGCCUCCCUCAUUACCAAGCCCUUAUGCUGAGGGAAGGUCCGCGAUUGGCCGGCUCUGCCCUGGGGAACAUUCCGGAACAGAAUUCCGGAACAGAACUCUCAGCCUGCUUGUUACCACAGUAACAGUAACCCCCACAAUCGGAACCCUCCUCCCCUACACCUUCCUGCUCAGACAAGAAAAGAGGGGUGUGAGUUUUCUGCAUGUGACCACCCCCAGCAGACAUUAUCCACCAAUCUCUGCACCCCCAUCUAGGCAGGACUUCUGAAAACUCCACCCCCCCGCAUCCACCGACCCCCUCCAUUUUGUUCAUCCAAUAGCCUGCGGAGAUUGUGGAGAAAUGUACGUAAACUGAGACGAUGUACAUUAAUUAUCUAUGUGUUGCACUGUUUUUAUUUCUUUGACUAAAUGCAGCCAGUUGCUCCUGGAGGCAGUAGGCAGCGUAUGUGGGGGGGGG